AUGAACCACACGGCAACUUUGGCAAACAGUGAUAUGAACCCGGUCAAACAGUGGGACCGAGUCGGAUACGAUACGGAUAUCUUUUCACCAUUGUAUGAGCCAACUGCUAUGACUGUGACCUACUUACGCACUGCCACUGCUGCUAACGCGGUCACUAAUCGUGGUCAUAUCAGUUCAGAAUCCAGUUGGUUCCCAACAGUUGAUCAUCACAAUCAUCAACCCGGUCCACACUCGUCGUUCCAUUACGCAAUGCAUUUGCCUCACUUAAUUCCCAGCCUAAAUCCGUUCACAACAGCGAAUUGUGAACGAUGGCCCACAAGAAUGAUGGAAGACCAACACAAUCCACACCACUGUCAUUGUCAACCCAACCUAACAGCCACUUCGCAUCGGUUUGCAGACGAUGAACUUGUGACAGGAACGAUGGAAUCCAUACGGGCAUCCGUCAACCUGACUGAGAACGAUAAUUCCCAUUGGGAUAAUAGGACCGGGGCUAAUCAAAUAAAUUCCGGAAUGAAUCCCCUAACACAUCACUUCGGACGGCUCAGUGCACAAAUGCACUGCUCAAUGUUGAACCCAUACAAAUCUCCCAUUCCUGCCAUCUCACCAGACAGUACAGCAUCGUCUGAGUUGGUCAAUCGACCCAAGGCAUCCGGUGGUCCGCUGACGUUUGAAUCCUCGUGGAAUUCGUGUACAUCCGAACUACACAACUCAUCAUUCCCUCACCCACGGUUUGAUUCCAAAUCCCCAUCCGGAUCUAUUGUGUCCAGUUUAGUUCCAAUAUCAGCUCCGUCUCCACGCGUGGACUCAACCAGUCACGAAACAGUACAUCAGUCCGCGAUUUGCAUGACCACGUAUCAUCAUCAUCGAUCUCCAGAUCGGCAAAAAUUAGCCCGAGUACAAUGGACACGAAUGGAUAGCCCGUUGGCUCUGGUGACCGGUUUGUGCAAUACUAGUGAGACGGAGGACAGGGGACGCAUAUCGUUGAACUUGACCAUAGAACGAGAACAAAUGAAGUCGAGUAGUUCAGGGUCCGCUUGCAGUCCUCCAACAGAAGACACUCCCGAAGAUUUGGCUCAUAAAGUGGCCGGCGAAUUGUCUGAUCGCCCACUUUUUCAUGUCCAGUCGCCGGAACUCGGUUGGACCACCCCACACGCAUUCUGUCCCACUCCGACUGAGCAUGUCAGUCGAGCGGGCAAGCGUAAAUCCGAUCGGACUAGAGGAGGAGAUGAUCACGCUUGGACCAAAUCAACAAAACGCGAAGAUAUUCCAGAUGAACCUUGCCCAGCCCACGCCAACUAUUGCACGGAUCCUGUUCAGUCCGGGUUCGGUAGUUUGCUCAAACAAUCCCUUGCGGAUGGAGAGUGCAAUUCUCGAUCAGAUGAGGUGGAUGAAUAUCGUGAUGAAUGCAUGACUUGUACAGAUUCCACGGAAUUCCCCGGUCGAUCCAGGAAAGAGAGGACCGCGUUCACAAAGCAACAAAUCAACGAAUUGGAACGGGAAUUCACUGUGCACAGUUAUUUGACUCGGCUGAGACGAUAUGAGAUUUCCGUGGCUCUAAAUCUGUCAGAAAGACAGUCCGUCACCGCACCAUACGAAUGA